GUGACCGAAGAAAAUGCUGAAGUGCCAAGCAGCUAGUCUUGCCGGAGGACGUGUGCGGGGGCUUGGGGUGUCUCGGAGCAACGCCUGUGUCACCAUUGCUAGGAAGAUGGUCCAGGAGUGCUCUGCUGUGUGAGUCCCCGCUCGAAGCCGGUGGAGACUGCGGUUGUUAUUGAUCAAGUGAAAUAGACGCCGAAAUAAAAGCCACUAGAAAUGAUGUGUGAAGUGAUGCCAACGAUAAAUGAGGACACCCCGAUGAGUCAACGGGGGUCCCAAAGCAGCGGCUCGGACUCGGAUUCUCACUUUGAGCAGCUGAUGGUGAACAUGCUGGAUGAAAGGGACCGUCUCCUUGAUACUCUUCGGGAGACACAGGAAAGCUUGUCACUUGCACAGCAACGCCUACAGGAUGUCAUCUAUGACAGAGAUUCCCUCCAGCGACAGCUUAAUUCAGCGUUGCCUCAGAUGACGGUUGCUGCUGGUACGAGCAUUGAGAAUAACAUUCAAAGGACCAUAUCCUGCCCUAAUGAAUUUGCUGCACUGACGAAAGAAUUAAAUGCAUGCAGGGAACAGCUGCUUGAAAAAGAGGAGGAGAUUUCAGAACUGAAAGCUGAAAGAAACAAUACAAGACUGUUACUGGAACAUUUGGAGUGCCUUGUCUCAAGACACGAAAGGUCACUGAGGAUGACAGUGGUGAAGCGGCAAGCACAGUCUCCCUCAGGAGUUUCCAGUGAAGUUGAGGUCCUCAAAGCUCUGAAAUCUCUGUUUGAGCACCACAAGGCUUUGGAUGAAAAGGUAAGGGAACGACUGAGGGUUUCUUUAGAAAGAGUCUCUGCACUGGAAGAAGAACUAGCUGCUGCUAACCAGGAGAUUGUAGCUUUGCGUGAACAAAAUGCACACAUUCAAAGGAAAAUGGCAGCUGGUGAAGGGCCUGCUGAAUCAGAGCAUAUUGAAGGAAUGGAGGCAGGGCAAAAGGCUCAUGAAAAGCGCCUAUCAAAUGGCUCCAUAGACUCCAAUGAUGAAGCUAGUCAAGUUGUUGAACUUCAGGAACUACUGGAAAAGCAAAACUAUGAAAUGGCACAAAUGAAGGAACGUUUGGCCGCACUAUCUUCCCGUGUGGGAGAGGUGGAGCAGGAGGCAGAGACUGCCAGAAAGGAACUCAUUAAAACAGAGGAAAUGAACAGUAAAUAUCAGAGAGACAUUAGAGAGGCAAUGGCACAAAAGGAAGAUAUGGAAGAAAGAAUAACUACUCUGGAGAAGCGCUACCUCAGUGCUCAGAGAGAAUCCACCUCCAUACAUGACAUGAAUGAUAAGCUAGAAAAUGAACUGGCAAACAAGGAAGCCAUCCUCCGUCAGUUGGAAGACAAAAACAGACAGCUGCAAGAGCGUCUAGAGCUGGCUGAGCAGAAGCUGCAGCAGACAAUGAGGAAGGCUGAAACCUUACCCGAAGUGGAGGCUGAACUAGCACAGAGAAUUGCAGCUCUGACUAAGGCAGAAGAAAGACAUGGAAAUAUUGAGGAACGUAUGAGACACUUAGAAGCUCAACUUGAAGAGAAGAAUCAGGAACUUCAAAGAGCAAGGCAAAGAGAAAAAAUGAAUGAGGAGCACAACAAAAGAUUAUCAGAUACCGUAGACAGACUUUUGACAGAAUCCAAUGAGCGUCUGCAGUUACACUUAAAAGAAAGAAUGGCAGCACUUGAAGAAAAGAAUGUUUUGAUUCAAGAAUCUGAAAGUUUCAGGAAAAAUCUGGAAGAGUCUUUACAUGACAAGGAAAGACUUGCUGAAGAAAUUGAGAAACUGAGAUCUGAACUGGAUCAAAUGAAAUUGAGGGCUGGUUCUUUAAUUGAACCCACCUUGUCAAGGCCUCACCUUGACUCGUCAGCAGAGCUGAGGUACUCUGUGGGCUCACUGGUUGAUAGCCAGUCUGACUAUCGGUCAACAAAAGUGAUAAGGCGACCUAGAAGAGGCCGGAUGGGAGUUCGCAGAGAUGAACCAAAGGUAAAAUCACUUGGAGAUCACGAGUGGAACAGAAGCCAGCAAAUUGGUGUUUUGAGCAGUCAUCCAUUUGAAAGUGACACUGAAAUGUCUGACAUCGAUGAUGAUGAUAGAGAAACACUUUUCAGCUCCAUGGACCUCUUGUCACCCAGCGGCCAUUCUGAUGCCCAGACUCUGGCUAUGAUGCUUCAGGAGCAGCUAGAUGCAAUUAAUAAAGAAAUCAGGUUAAUCCAAGAAGAGAAAGAGUCGACAGAACUGCGUGCAGAAGAGAUAGAGAACAGAGUGGCCAGCGUGAGUCUGGAAGGCUUAAAUCUGGCCAGAGUCCACCAAGGAACCUCCAUUACUGGGUCAGUGACAGCAUCGUCACUUGCAAGCUCAUCUCCUCCCAGCGGACACUCAACUCCUAAGCUCACCCCUCGCAGUCCAGCCAGGGAGAUGGACAGAAUGGGAGUUAUGACGCUGCCAAGUGACCUAAGGAAACAUCGGAGAAAGAUCGCAGUAGUUGAAGAAGAUGGGCGUGAAGAUAAAGCCACAAUCAAAUGUGAAACUUCUCCUCCUCCAACACCCAGAACUAUCAGAAUGACUCAUACCCUUCCUUCUUCAUACCACAACGAUGCCAGAAGUAGCUUGCCUGCUUCAUUGGAGCAAGAAAGCAUUGGUCUUGGCAGUGUCAAUAGCAGCCAGGACUCCCUGCACAAAGCUCCCAAGAAGAAAGGAAUCAAGUCUUCAAUAGGACGCUUGUUCGGUAAAAAAGAGAAGGCUCGUCUUGGACAGCUCAGAGGCUACAUGGAAACAGAGGCAGCAGCUCAGGAAUCUCUGGGAUUAGGAAAACUUGGAACCCAAGCAGAAAAGGACCGAAGACUAAAGAAAAAACAUGAACUUCUGGAAGAAGCUCGGAGAAAAGGUUUGCCUUUUGCACAGUGGGAUGGGCCAACGGUGGUUGCCUGGCUGGAGCUCUGGCUAGGCAUGCCAGCCUGGUAUGUUGCUGCCUGCCGUGCCAAUGUGAAGAGUGGAGCUAUUAUGUCUGCUCUGUCUGAUACUGAGAUCCAAAGAGAAAUUGGAAUCAGCAAUCCUCUUCAUCGCUUAAAGCUCCGAUUAGCAAUCCAGGAGAUGGUAUCACUGACAAGUCCAUCAGCACCUCCAACAUCCAGAACACCCUCGGGCAAUGUUUGGGUGACCCAUGAAGAAAUGGAAAACCUUGCUGCUCCAGCUAAAAUGAAAGAAUCUGAAGAAGGCAGCUGGGCUCAGACCCUGGCUUAUGGUGAUAUGAACCAUGAGUGGAUAGGUAACGAAUGGCUCCCCAGUCUGGGUUUACCUCAGUACCGAAGUUAUUUCAUGGAAUGCCUGGUAGAUGCAAGGAUGUUAGACCAUCUGACAAAGAAAGAUCUGCGUGUGCACUUAAAAAUGGUGGAUAGCUUUCAUCGAACAAGCUUGCAAUAUGGAAUCAUGUGUUUAAAGAGGUUGAAUUAUGAUAGAAAAGAACUGGAAAAGCGAAGAGAAAUGAGUCAGCAUGAAAUAAAAGAUGUGCUGGUGUGGAGCAAUGAUCGAGUCAUACGCUGGCUCCAAGCUAUUGGCCUCCGAGAAUAUGCAAAUAAUAUUCUAGAAAGUGGUGUACAUGGUUCACUUAUAGCACUGGAUGAAAACUUUGAUUACAGCAGUUUAGCAUUAUUAUUACAGAUUCCAACACAAAACACCCAGGCACGUCAGAUCCUUGAGAGAGAAUACAACAACCUUUUAGCACUAGGAACUGAAAGACGACUUGAGGAAAGUGAUGACAAGAACUUCAGACGUGGCCCCUCCUGGCGACGACAGUUUCCUCCACGAGAGGUUCAUGGGAUCAGCAUGAUGCCGGGCUCCUCGGAAACGCUGCCAGCUGGGUUCAGAUUAACCACAACAUCAGGGCAGUCACGAAAAAUGACAACUGACGUUGCUUCAUCACGACUGCAGAGGUUAGACAGCUCAACAGUUCGCACAUACUCAUGCUGACAAGGCCUAGCAAAGAAGCCAGCACUGAAUUGUUAUGUCAUCUCUUACUUCUACUUUACCUGAAGUGCACUACCACUGCUUAGGAAAAAGAGCAUUAAAACUCUGCAAGAACAGGGUAAUAGGGAAGAGAACACAUAAGGUUUAUCGAAAGAUAUGAUAGUCCUUUCAUGUACUGAUUAGUUUAAAAUAAGAAUUACUACAAAAAAUAAAAGAAAAACAAAACAACCUCCCCGUUUCCUCUCAGCAUCUCUGUCAUCAGAAGUUUGGCAGUAGUGCACAUCCAAAGCUUUUAUCAAAUGAAGGCACUCAUUUUUACAUUGUUCCAUCUGUUUUAUUGUAAAAUACUAAGACAUUUACGUAUUUACUGUGUAUGUAUUUCUUUUAAAAUGUGUAAGUCUUAUGUAAAUGGAUAUAAAUAUGAUUUUUUAAAAAUAAAAUCUAUGGUACAUGGGGUCUCAGUGCAAACACUUGACAAUACAGUGUCAAUAAUACUGUUUGUAUCUUUCCAUUCCACCAUUUUUACAGUUUUUGGAUUGUAACAGUCAAAUGAAUAUGUUUAGCAGAGUUAGAAGCUUCAACAUGUUCUUACUGAGAAAAUCUGUCAAUAUUUAUAGCUGAACAUCUGCCUCUGAUGAUGUAUAACAGAAUAACGUAACCUGGAACUGGAGCCAAAAUGGACCUCUAAAAACAAAAUGGAAGUGUUAGAUCUCUGCAGAGAAGAAUCAUUCACUUUAAGACGCUUACAUCUUAAAAACUAACAAAUAAACCUGGAAGAACUGUUUACAAAAAAAAAGGAAAAAAACAAAAACAAAACACCCCACAAAAAAAGGCAAUUUAAUAAAACAUGAUUUAUACAAAAAAACAAAAACUUUCUUCUAUGUUACCUGCGGACCAAGAAGAGUCUUGCUUUACCAGGAGCCACCUUUUUGUUCCAGGAUCUUCAGACACCAGCCAGCAUUGGAAAAUUAAAGUUAAUAUUUGCAUAGAAUCAGAUUCUCACUUCCAGAUAUAUUCAACAAAGAAAAAGAAAGAAAAGAGAAGCCAAACCCCACCAUUUCUUCAUUAUAACAGGGCAUUAGACAGGCUCCUGUCUAAUGUUAUGCUUUUAGCCAAGAUGGCCUUGCUGAGACUUCACAGAAGUCAGUUUUAUCAGAGGAAAUAACUGAAAGACAGAGUGAUUAAUAUAGUGUAUAAAAGUUUAGAAGAGCAACUAUUACCUGCUGUGGCUUUAUUUGGUGGUGUUAUUGUCGUUUAUUCUUUGUUUAAAUGGGAAGUUUCAAAGUAAGACCUACUUAAUAGUCAUUUACCUAUUUACUAUUUUUCUUCUGCUUGAUCUUAGCUCAAGACCUGUCUUUUAGUUAUUUCUUUUAGCAGUUUGAUCUGCAGUGUUUGCACGUACAUAAACAUUUGUUUUGUCUAUUUUCAUUUGGCAAACUUCAGUCAAUCAGAUGGUGAAAGAUUUUGCUCCCCCAAUGUCAAUAAAAAAAGAAUUCAGUGCUA